GUGCAGAACCGUGCAUCCAUUGUGGACGUGAAUUCGUAGCAGUAUGUGUCACGGUUUAUUGAGUUAUGCGGUGAAUUGAGAACACUUUACUGUCAAUUCUUAUCACAGGGAAUAUCGUCAUUUAAUGGUAAAUUUAAUAUAAAUGUUUAGAUAAAAUUGAAAAAAAAUUGAAUUCAUUGUUUUGAUUGAAAAAAAAAAUGACACGUUGUUCAUAUGUUAAGUGAUUUGUAACACACAUAAGCCACAUAUUUUCUUCCAACUAAAGAAGGUAGUGAUGUGGUUAACGACCAAGACAUUCUUGCCUUCAACUGGAAAUUAUAAUCAUCAGAUAUAUUUUUAAAUUUAAAACCGGUGUGUGAGAAUUAGAAUUUAUAUUAUAAACAGUGAGAUUUUUCAUUCACGAAAAUAAAAAAAUAAAAGAAUCUAUAUUAUAAUCGGAUUCAAUUUUUUGAAGAGGAAAACGUUCACCUAUGACGUGUAUAACCUAUUGACGUAGACAGAAUAACAUAAACAAGAGUGACAUUUUUCGAGGACACGGAAGGAAAUAUUUAAAGUUUUAAGGUGUUCUGUGAUUUUUUUUACACAUGGAAUCUUGUGCCGACAGUAGCGAAGGAUAAUUACAUUAAUUGGAGGAGAAUACUUUUUUUGCGAGUGAUGAUGAUUGAAUUAAUGUGAGAAUUUCUUUGAAUCGUGAAAUAUAAUAAUCGAAUGUCUGCUAAAGUUGAAGCAGACUUGUUGAAUAAUCUGGAUCUAAAGACCAGGUGAUGAGCUCAGUUUGGUGGGGAGCCUCAAGCAUAAAACGAGACUCCAAACAUGUUUCGCUCAAAGAUAAGAAUUCACACAUGCCAAGUGAUUCUGUUGACCUCGCUUGUAUGGUUCCUGUUGGAUGUGAUGAUUUUAAUGUUCUAUUCAGAUUGUAUCGGUGGUUCAGGAUGGAAUUGUCCUGACACUAGGCAAACUGAUGAGCCAAUUGCAGCUGCCAUUAUUCAUGGACAGGAAUUAAUUGUUGAAAUUGAUCCAAUAACAAAUAUGCGAAAGAAAUAUAAUGAAAAUGAAGUAUUUAAAUGGAAACCAGCUAAAACAGUGAGAGGACGUCCUGGUGCUCCUGGUGAAAGUGGAUCGGCUGUUCAUAUACCCGCCGAUGAUGAGGCAAGACAGCAGGAACUUUUUAAAUUAAAUCAAUUUAAUUUAAUGGCAAGCGAUAUGAUUUCGUUGAAUCGUUCAUUAAAAGAUGUUCGAUUAGAAGAUUGUAAGAAAAAAAAUUAUCCCGAAUAUCUUCCAAAAACUAGUAUUGUUAUUGUUUUUCAUAAUGAGGCAUGGAGUACAUUGUUGAGGACUAUUUGGUCUGUUAUUAAUCGUUCACCAAAAAAUUUACUACAGGAAAUUAUUCUCGUUGAUGAUGCCAGCGAACGAGCCCAUUUAGGGAAGGAUCUUGAGAAAUAUGUAAGAACUUUACCAGUUUCAACUUCUGUUUUGCGCACAGAAAAAAGAUCAGGACUUAUAAGAGCGAGAUUGCUUGGCGCAAAACAUGUAACGGGCCAAGUAAUUACAUUUUUGGAUGCUCAUUGUGAAUGCACUGAAGGUUGGCUCGAGCCACUUCUUGCAAGAAUAGAAAAUGACAGGACAACAGUUGUUUGUCCCAUCAUUGAUGUUAUUAGUGACGAUACUUUUGAAUAUAUUACAGCAAGCGAUAUGACAUGGGGUGGAUUCAAUUGGAAACUUAAUUUUAGAUGGUAUAGAGUUGCUCAAAGAGAAAUGGACAGGAGAAAUAGAGAUAGAACAGCACCGCUUCAUACACCGACAAUGGCAGGUGGAUUGUUUGCCAUCGAUAAAGAAUAUUUCUAUAAUUUAGGAGCGUACGAUGAAGGAAUGGAUAUUUGGGGCGGGGAAAAUUUGGAAAUGAGUUUUAGAAUAUGGAUGUGUGGUGGGACGUUGGAAAUCGCAACAUGCUCGCAUGUUGGACAUGUGUUUCGUAAGUCGACUCCCUACACCUUCCCCGGUGGUACGAGCAAGAUCGUGAAUCGGAACAAUGCUCGCCUCGCUGAGGUCUGGUUGGACCAAUGGAAACACUUCUAUUACAACAUUAAUCCAGGUGCUCGCAGCGUUUCUGUUGGCGAUGUCUCGGAACGAAAAGCUUUAAGGGAACGUCUCAAGUGUAAAAACUUUAAAUGGUAUUUGGAAAAUAUUUAUCCAGAGUCACCGAUGCCAUUGGAUUAUUAUUAUCUUGGAGAUGUGUCGAAUGUUGAAACGAAAAAUUGUCUCGAUACAAUGGGCCGAAAAACAGGAGAAAACGUCGGUAUUACUUAUUGUCACGGACUUGGUGGCAAUCAGGUGUUUGCGUAUACGAAGAGACAACAAAUAAUGUCAGAUGAUAUGUGCCUGGAUGCUGCGAGUCCUCGUGGACCAGUGAAAAUAGUCCGUUGCCAUGGAAUGGGCGGAAAUCAAGCUUGGGUUUAUAACAAUAUGACCAAAAUGAUAACACACACAAAUACAGGCUAUUGUCUCUCAAAACCACGACCUGGAGAUGCGACACAACCUGUUCUUGCAACAUGUGAUCAACGUGUUUCCGGUCAAAAAUGGAUAAUGCAAAGUAAAUUUGUAUGGCAAGCCAGCUAAUACCAAGUAAACGCAAAGGACCAAGAAUUAUACUCGGUACUUGUUGAUGCGUUCAAGUAUUUAUAAAAUUAAAGGACUGAACUUUUCAGGGACCUUAUUAUUCUACUAAAAAUUUUAGAUUAAAAAAAAUAUAUCAAAAACAAUCUGUUUCAAAGAUUGUUCAUGAUGAUUAACAAAAAAAAAAAGCAAAUAAUUACGAAGACUAGAAGAAUUUUUUUCGUAGAAGCUAAUCUAGUGUUUUAUAAUAGAAAAAAAACAAUAUUGAGCAUUUACUGCCAUUUUUUAUGGUAUGCUUUAUGAGAUUUUUUUUUUUUUAAAGUACUUGUGGAAAAAGAAAACAAAGUACAGGUGCAAAUGAAGAAACGUGAAUUUUUACCGAAUGUUAGAAAGAAAGAAAGCAUAUCACGUAACUGUUAUUAAUUGUUGACUUGGAUAAAUUUAAGUCUAAAGGAAAUUUGGGAUGAGUGCAAUGAUGACCUUCCACACACAUUUUUUUUUUUUUUUGAAAAAAGAAUAGCAGGUUAGAGUUCAGCCUUUAUUUUAUUUAUCAAAGCUAAGUCAAAGUUUUUUUUUUUUUUUUUAAUAUAACUAGAUUGUAAAAAAAAAAUUGUAUCUUAGGAUUUUAAAUAGACUUGAAAAAAAGAAAUUUACAACUGA